GCGGGCUGACCGACGGACUCAGCGCAGCCCUGCCAGAAGCUCAGGCGACCCAGAGGAAGGGAGGACUGACGGCCAGAGGUGGUUCUAGCCGAGAGGACCAGGAGGCAGGAUACGGCUGGGAGCUUGCCACCGGACAGCGCGGAGAUGCUACUGAGUCUGAUCUUUUCCCACCUGUUGGGAGCUUGGCUGCUGCUGAGUUUCUACCCCGGGGAGCUCAGAGCCCAGUAUAUCGACGACGUCCCGAGGAAGCUAUGCGGCCGCCAGUUUGUCCGGGAGGUGAUCAAAGUCUGCGGAACCACUGGGUGGAGAAGUGCCAUCAUAGCGAGACAUAUACGGCAGGAGCCGGGACAGAUGUUUGUCUCCCUUGAAAAUGAUGUGGACAAUGGAAAGCUAGAUGCAGAGGUCAUUUCUGGCUGGAAGGAGGGGCAGAUUCCUCUGUUGAAAGGAGGCCAGGAUUUGAAGAAUGUACUUAAUUUAUAUGGUCACACUGAAGACUCCAUCCCCACAAUGGAAGAGUUCAUGAUAGGUUCUGAUGAAUUCAAGGAAGCUAUUGAAAAAAACAAAAAUGAAAUCAAAGCCAUCAGUCCUUUGAGACAAUAUGACUUCAUGAGGGGGACACAUCCCCGGAUAAGGAGAGAUGAGUUCAAUUUAUUAACAAAGUGUUGUCAAAGCUCUUGUACCAGAAGAGAGCUUAGCACAGUGUGCUAAGAGGAAGAAAUUGAAUAUCUCUACUUUAGAUAUGUAUUCUCAGUGUCAAGCUCACUGGUGCUUCAGGGAGGCACAACAUGUUGGAUUGACAUGAAAAAUCACUUUAUUUACUUUACCUUUUUUCCCCCUGUGAUCUCCAAGACUAUGGUAGUUUGUAUGAUUGAGGCAUUUCUUAAAAAUUGCUGGUUGUUAUUCUCUUAAAGUAAACUAUCUUCUCUCUUUUGCUACCAAUACAGCUACAUGAAUUGCCUUUUCAUUUUGUUGCUGAUAUUUUGUUGUAGUAAAUAAAGC